AUCUACCGGAAUGUUAUUGAUUGUAACCACGGCGUCUCCCUGGUAACAGGGUUCCAAACAACGUGUCCCCGGAAAAGAAGGUGAAAGCGAUGAAGUUCAAGACUUAUUUCUCGAAAGAGGGCUCUUUUAGGCUCGGUGUGGUGUCCUGUGUGGACUGGUCAGGAGCCGAAGAGAUAUAUUCCUGCUCCAGUGAUCACAAUCUGCUCAAAUGGAAAGCAAAUACGCGCGAAAGUGUUCAAGUGGCUAGUCUUCCUGAGGACUUCCAUCCAACGGAUCUGCAUUUAUUGGUGUUGAAGGGAAAUGUGGGAGGUGGAGGAAAGGGUAGUGAUUCCCUACUCAUUGCCAGCAAUGAUGGGAGAUUCAUAAUUUUGAACAAGAGUGCAAGACUUGAGAGGAGCAUUUCAGCUCAUGCUGGAGCGAUUACUUCGGCCAGAUGGAGUCCGGACGGCGCAGGAUUGCUAACAGCUGGAGAAGAUGGGGUCGUGAAGAUUUGGUCCAGAACUGGAAUGUUACGGUCAACUGUGAUUCAGAAUGAGGGACCAAUUCGAUGUGCAAAAUGGUCCCCAACAUCCUCAGCCAUUGUCUACACUCAAGGCAGUUCGAUUGCCAUCAAACCCUUGGCAGCCAAUAGCAAAGUGAUCAAGUGGAAGGCUCACGAUGGACUGGUUUUAUGCAUAGCUUGGGCUAAUCACUCAAAUCUCCUGGCUUCUGGAGGAGAGGAUUGCAGGUACAAAGUUUGGGACAGUCAGGGAUCGAAUCUCUACACCAGCUCACCUGAUGAACAUCCUAUCACGUCCAUUGAUAUUCGGCCAGAAGGUGAUCUUCUUGCCGUUGGGGGAUUCAACAUGGUCAAGCUCUGUCAUUAUUCUGGAUGGAGUCAUAGCACUUGCCGUUUUCCCGAGAACAUUGGAUCUCUCUACACGCUCAGUUGGUCUCCAGAUGGGACUCAGAUUGUUGCAGGAUGUGGCAAUGGAGCCCUACUCUUUGGGCACAUUGUCGAUCGUCAAGUGAUCUGUCGCAAUCUCAAGGCUACGACUUUGGGCAGAAAAACUAUCCUCCUGCAGGAUAUUGUGACUAAGACCAGUGAUACUCUUGAAUUUUCGGAUCGAGUGAUCAAAAUGUCCCUGGGAUAUGGACAUUUGAUCGUGACAACGCCUAAUCAGCUUCACAUUUUCAAUGAGAACUACAUCAAUACUCCAGUUAUAGUCGAUGGACGGACGGAUGUUCAUAUUCUUUCAUUGGGAGUCAAAAACUUUGUAGCUGUUGAUUCAACAUCCAUCUGGAUCUACACUUACACUGGCCGUUUGCAUCUCACGCCCAAAUUUCCUGGAUCCUCAGCUCAAAUGGGCAGCUUGACUGAGAGAUGCAUUUCUCUGGGAACUGACGUCUUGGCAGUGAAAGAUUUCUCAGAUCAAGCAAUCAUUUAUGUCUUUGAUUUGCUUCCCGGAGCCACAAGACAAGACGAACCUUCAAUAAUUCGCUGCAAGACUCCAGUCACUCAGAUUUCAGUCUGUCGUUCAGGUGGAACGGACAAUCAGUACCUUGUGUUUAUUGACAUCCACCGGGAUUUGUAUGUGACAUCGCUGAGAAGUGGACCAGACUUCCCCAUAUUCAAGAUUGGGACUCAAGUGAUUUCAGUGAUGUGGGGGAGUGACUCAAACAUCCUCGUAGGCCUUCAUGAUGCCUGCUACACCAUUUGGUAUUGUCCGGGAGAGGCAUGUGCAGAUCCUACACUCAUUGGUCUGACAACUCUCACGUACGACACCACUGAAUUCGGAAGGAAUGUAACUCUAGAAUCCUUUGAGGGAUGUCAAAUUGGUCUGAGAAGUUCUGGAGCACUUUUUACCGUUUCUGUAAAAAUCUAUUGCAAUCUUCUGCAUAAAUUUGUCCAGGACGGUCUUUGGAGUCAGGCUGUGAAGGUAUGCCGAUUGGGGCAAACUCCUGUUUUGUGGGCAACUCUAGCAGCAAUGGCCACGAAAAAGAAUCAACUGAGCAUCAGUGAGGAAGCAUACUCAGCUGCUCUUCAAAUUGACAAAGUUCACUAUCUUCAGCACAUAAAGAACCUUCCAGGAUCGAGCGUUGAGCAAAUGGCUGAGAAUUCAAUCCUCAGCGGUCGUCAAACUGAAGCUGAAAUCUGCCUGGUGCACAACAAGAAAAUCCGAGAGGCCAUUCUGAUGUGCAUCCGGAUGCAUAAUUGGGAAAGAGCACUGGAAAUUGCUGAGAAGCACCAAACAGACCUCGAAUAUGUGAUUGAGGAGCGAGAAAAGUAUCUCCGAGCACUGAACAAGAGUGAAAUGAAUCCCAAAUUCCUCACCCUCACCAAAGUCAAAUAGAUUGUAUU